AUGCCGAACUCGGCGCAAAAUGAAGGCGGCGAACAUCCUCCGGGGCUGCGAGAAGUGCGUCUACCGAAGCGCAAGGCGGCAGAGGCGGCGCCUACCUCUGGUGAUUUGCCAACAUCAGCAGCAACAGCAGCAGGAGGAGCGGCAGGAGCAGAGGCUGCAGCUGCUAAGCGGGGACGCCGCGGAGGUGGUGGGGCCCCGAAGAGCCCCGGCUCUGGCAGUAACAGCGGCGGGCAAGCUGUCGUGCAGGAGGCCCCUGUGAAUGGCUGCAGUAGCCAUGCUUUAAGCAGAGCUAGCUUGCACCCCUCUUCGCUGCACAGGGGCCCCGAUGCAGAGUCCAAGGAAGAUAUUAUUCGUUCCGAAAUCCCCAAGUCUGUUGUCAAGGUGCGUAUAAACCUGCGCCGCCAUGGACUCUGCGAAAAAUGGUCUCGGGUUGCAUGGUUUGAUGCAUUUGACCUGUUCGUGUCUCCCGUCCUUUCCAUCUGUGCUCGCAUUCGAUAA